AUGACUCUUUCCUGUAGUGGAACAGUCCUGAAGAUUUUUAUUUUCACCAUUAGUAUCAUCAUCAUAAUCAUCGGUGCUUUGUGUGGAAUCUUUGGAUGCUACAUCUUGGGGACAUCGCUCCAAGUGAAGACCACAAUGCUCAUAGGACCGUUCGCCUUUGGAACCGCGACGGGUCUUCUAGUUCUCAUUGUUGGUUUCCUGGGGUUUUUGGGCGCACUGCACGAAAGCAACUGCAUGAUUCGUACGUUUGCCGUUUGCGCGGCUGUUCUGCUAGUGGCCGAAUUAAUCGUCGCCAUUCUCGUAUUUAUCAGCCAGGGACAGGGAUGCUCAUUCGCCUUGUUUGAGCUAUUCAAAACUCACUUCUUGGCUGAAGGCAUCUUGUCAAUUCUGUUGUGUCCUUUUCUACUCGGAGCAAUGUUCUGCGCCUGUCUCUUUACAAAAUCGGACGGACCAACUGCUGACGCCUAA